AUGGAGGUUCGAUAUGGCUUCCUUGCCACGCCAAGGAAGCCGAAGCUGAAGCAACCCGUGCCGAUGCCGAUGCCGAUGCGGCCCGCAGCAGGAGACGCCAGCCAGCAUGCCCAACCCGAACCCGAACCCGAACUUCAGGAAGAUGAUGUCGAGGAGAUCAUUCCAUCGCACCAUCAUGAACAGCAUGCUGUCCCUUAUGUACAGCGACGGAGAGGUUUAUUGCUAGUAAACGGCAAAUGGAUCGAUUUGUCGCUCAUGACGGACGACGAACGCCUCCGACAACACAAAUCCCGAAAGCAAACCGCCAGCUCCCCCCCAUCCACCUCCACCGCCUUGUCCCUCUCCCGAUCACCCUCCCCUCGAAACCUCCAGGCACCCGACACCCUCCAGUCAACCGAGAACAUGUACCGCGCCGUGAGGGAUUACUUCACGGCAUCCUUCACCUCCAACCGCUGGUCCUUCCUCGAAGACACCACCUCCCCAGACCAAGCCCGCAACGACAAAGCCGUGGUGGCAACCCACACCGGCGUCCGCCGCGGCUUCGAGAUCUGGCGCCGGCUGAUGACCGCCGUCCGUCUGUUCCACGACACCUCCCACCCCGACAACCGCGCCCAGUCAAUAAAAGUAAUCCGCAUCACCUUCGCCGAGCUCACCUCCACCCUCUCCAGCGGUCGAGAAUCACCCCUCCUCUUCUUCUGGGUAAUGCACGCCCUCACCCUCUUCCGCUCCAUCCCCGACCCAAACUUCCAACGGCUGGAAACCUACCUCCUCAAACACCUCUUCGAACUGACCGAAACCGUCCGCCUCCAAAACGGCGCCAUCCCCCACCCCACCGCCCAGCUCUGGAAAGUCCUCUACUCCAACGGAAAAUCCCUCCUGUUUUCGCCCCCCUCCUCACCAUCACCAGACAACGAUGACAAGUCCCCCCUAAUCAACCACACCCACCUCUCCUCCCUCAUCUCCCUCGCCGUCUCCCUUUUUUCCUCCCACUACUCCCCCCUCCACAAAAGAACAAUAGAACUGUCCAACCUCUCCAUCUUCACCUCCCUCCCCCCCCACCAUCCCUCCUCCUCCACCCUCCUCACCCCCAAAUUUCACUCCCUUUUUACUCGGGUAACCUCCUCCCUCCCUGACGUGUUCGACGGCAGGGAAAUGGACGUCCGCGCCUGGCUGGCAUCCCAUUACUUCACCCUAGGCGACCUAACCUCCGCCUCCUCCCUCCUCGAGCCCAUCCUCCUCGAUCCGAUAAAACUAAAAGAGGUCAACAAAGUCCAGGAGGCCUCCGAGUCGUUCAAUCUCUUGUACGGCUCCAUAAAGAUGGCCAUGGGGGAUGUACGAGCCGCCGAGGGGAUCUUCCGACAGGUGAUAAAACGGGGCCGCAUAAGCUGGAAAGAGCACGGGGAGGACGUCCACCUUUCUGAUGGGCUCCUCGCGCUUGAUCAAUGCCUCAGGGUGCAGGGACGGACAAAGGAGGCGGAUGAGGUGAUAAAGGAGCAUAGGCAACUGCUGAGGGAAGCGUUGAUGAGGCGGGGGGAGGAGGAUACUUGA